AUGGAUGAUAUACCAACAACCCCAGAGAGGCAUCAAUCUUAUGCUAAGAGACGGUACACGACAAGUCCCUCACCAAAAUUUUAUAGACAAAAUGAUAUAUUUGGUGUGUCUUUGAAUGAUGACAAUGGAAGAGAUUUAGAUCCCGCUGCCAACAAUAGUAGUGGCCAUGAUUAUAACACGUAUAAUAUGGGCAAGCUUUCUAAUAAGUUAAGUACUUUGGAUAGGAGGUCCUUAGAUGGCCAGACAAUGCUUACUUCUACUGGUAUCAAGCCAAUGAUAUCUGCAUCGCGCAAGUCGUCUGGGGUGGCUCUCAACAAUAAUAACAAUAGCAUUAUUAACACAAAUUUUAAUAAUAAAGUGAACCACUUAUCCACUUUUUACAAUGAACAAAUGAAAGAGUUGAAUCAAUUGCAGGAUACUUUGGUUAAAAAAAAGGCUAAACUGGAUGAAUUAAGAGAUGUUGUUAUCAAGGGGAAGAAAGAGUUUAAUGAAACUAAGUUAAAAUGGGAUAAACUGAGAGAUGAAAAAUUAACUAAGGAACAACAAUUGAGGAUCAAGCAAAAUGAGAUAAAUAAAUUGAAAGAUACAAUUGAAUCUCGCAAGAAAUUUUUGGAGGAAGGUCAUAAAUUGCAUUUACAACAGAUGGAAGUCGAGAAUCAGACAAAGAUAAAUAAGUUGAUUAAUGAUUACAAGGAAAAGAUAGAAAGCGUGAAGUCAACUAAAAUUAAAAAAUUUGAGGAUGAAAGAGAUAAUUUGAUUAAAGAGGUUAAUAAUAUUAAAUCAAAAAUUGAUAAUAAUGAUGAUAUUUUAUCACAAUCGAUAAUGGAGUUGAAUGAUAAAUAUGAUAAAUUGAAAGAAGAUUGGUUAAAUGAAUAUCAAGCCAAAUGGAAUCAUAAUAUCGAAAUUAAUACUAAUUAUAAUAAACAGAUAGAUGACAUUAAAAAAGAUAUUGAACAGAAUUUGAAACCAAAUAAGCUUCAAUUGGAAAAAAAAAUAACUGAUUUGAAUGAGAAGGUUGUUGAUUUAGAAAAAAUCUUGAGUGAAAGAAGAGACAAAAAAUCACUUUUGCAAGCGAAAAUUAAAGAAAGAGAAAUUAAAUUAAAAGAAAAUGAGGAUCGUCAGACAGAGUUAAAAGAAUAUAUUGAGAAAACAGAAUAUGAUUUGAAAGAGAUAAAUGAUAUUCUGAUGAAAGAGGAAUCCUUGAGAAGAUCUUUACAUAAUGAAUUACAAGAAUUAAGAGGUAAUAUUAGAGUCUUUUGUCGUAUCCGUCCUCCAUUGCCCAAGAUUGAAGAUCCUAACACUAAUUAUAUAAAAGUUAAGCCUUUUGAUGAUAGUAAUGGGGUUCAAGUUAUGGAAAUUAUAAAAUCACCUAAUGAAAAUAAUAAUAAUAACGGUAAUGGUAAUGGUAAUAGUAAUAGUAGUAAUAGUAAUAAUAUUCCACAACAGUUUAGAUUUGAUAGGAUAUUUGAUAUUGAUGAGGAUAACUCAGAGGUAUUUAAAGAGGUUGGGCAGUUAGUACAAAGUUCCCUAGAUGGUUAUAACGUUUGUAUAUUUGCUUAUGGACAAACUGGUUCCGGUAAGACUUUCACCAUGUUAAACCCUGGUGAUGGUAUUAUCCCCUCUACAAUAUCACAUAUUUUUAGUUGGAUAGAGAAUUUAGAGGAACGUGGUUGGAAAUAUAAAAUUGAAUGUCAAUUUGUAGAAAUAUAUAAUGAAAAUAUUAUAGAUCUUUUACGGAACGGGAACAUUGAAAAUAAUAAUUACAAUAAUAAUAAUGGUGGUAAUAGUAAAUGUGAAAUUAGACAUGAUCAUGAGAAUGAAACAACUACAAUAACAAAUGUAACGACGUGUCAAUUGGAUACUAAAGAAUCAGUGGGUAAAAUUUUGCAAAAGGCCACUAAGUUAAGAUCAACUGCUUCAACUGAAUCAAAUGAACAUUCUUCCCGUUCCCAUAGUAUAUUUAUACUUCAUUUAUAUGGUCAUAAUGCUUUAACUAACGAGGAUUCCCAUGGGAUAUUAAACUUGGUCGAUCUGGCGGGUUCUGAGAGAAUACAUUCUUCACAAGUCAGUGGUGAACGUUUGAGGGAGACCCAAAAUAUCAAUAGAUCGUUGAGUUGUCUUGGCGAUGUUAUCCAUGCAUUAAAUGUACCAGAUAGAAAUGGUAAAAGACAUGUCCCUUUCAGAAACUCUAAAUUAACUUAUCUUUUACAGUAUUCAUUGACAGGGAAUUCUAAAACAUUAAUGUUUGUUAAUAUAUCACCAUCUAACUCACAUUUAAAUGAAACUUUAAAUUCAUUAAGAUUUGCAUCAAAAGUUAAUUCCACAAAGAUUGGGAAAUAA